AGACAGCUGGUUUGACCUAGAAAGAGACGAGCUGAAGAAUUGAGCUGCAAGAAUACGUUGUCCCUGUGAGACAGAAACAAUCAGUAAUGUCGAAGCUGGUUUGCCCUCUGAUUCUCCUAUGUUUACUACCAGCUGUGGUUCCCCUCUUCUGUUACACCUGUGUGUUCCCUGCCAUCUCACCUCUGGACUGUAUCAGAUUCCCUCUGAGGUGUCCGCCUGGGCAGGUCUGUCUGUCCAGCAGAGCUGUGGGUGAGAAAGGAGACUUCCGUGUGGUGCUGUACGAGAAAAGCUGCAUCCUGCCUUCCCUGUGUGGAGUCACGGGUGAAAAAUACACCAUGGGCCUAAACUUCACCUUCACCAAUGAAUGCUGCAACACACAUCUGUGCAACAGAGCUGCUACACCCACUACCUCCUACUGGACUGCCACAUUGCUCACACUACUUAUUUCAUACUCAGUUUGGUGAAUAAAGCAAUGGAGAGAACUAUUUUGAUACACAUGAAGCAAGUUGCUUUUCCUGCCCUCUAAUGGCCUGGCAUUAUAGUUAACUUCCUUUCAGUAACCUUGCACUAAUCUGUGCUUUCUUUUACAUCAAGUGUGAGAUGGAAAAAUAAUAUUUUUCUCUGAUUAUUGCAAACUCACCGAGCUGCAGGGGAGAGAGUGGGGAGGAGUGUUUAGUUUGUCCCGAUGAUUUAGUAAUUUUAUGCAGACUUUGUCAAAUAAACAACCUCUAUCCAAUCAUCAGUCAACUUUGUCUAAGAAGGCAUGAAAACAGUUUUUGCUCCCAUUUUUCACAAGUUGAAGUAAAAGAUUCAAGACUGUUUUUAAACACACCAAAAAAAUCAUUUCUCUCUGAUUUUGAAUACAAAUUUGGUCAAAUCCAUGUCAGUGAGCCCUUCUUUACCAAAUUAAUACAUCCACCCGACAGGUGUGGCAUAUCAAGAUGCUGAGUAGAAAACAUUAUCAAUGCACAAGUGUUCUUUGAGCUGAUCACAAUAAAAGGCGACUCUAAAAUGUGGCGUUUAAUUACACAAUGUCACAGAGGUUGCAGGUCUUGAGCAAGUAGCACGUUAACUUCAGGAAUGUCCACCAGAGCUCUAGCUGUAGAGCUGUAACCCGUGAACUGAACGUUGCAACAUCUGUGGCGUUGUGUUGCAUGAUAAAACUGCACAUUUGGACAUCAGAUGUUCACUCAUCACGUUGAGUCAUUUUAUUUGUGUUGAAAGAAUUGCAUAUGAAAGUAUAUGUUGGGCCAAUUGUUUGUUGUAUGUGUGUUUUGUAUUAUGCUCAUGUCAAAAUUAUACUAAUUUACUAUAAUGCAGUCUAUCAGCAACGCAUUUUCUUUAACCCCCUUUUUUUUUUUUUACAGCAGGUACUCUGAGUUAUAACAAGAGAAGCACCAGUGUUACAUACAACAUUAGUUAUAGUUCUGUUCAGAUGAUAAUGCACUAAACAAUAAAGAGAUAUCGACACACUUGCUGUUUUGCUCAUUAAAUUUCUUGAGCUAGGAUAAAAACAACAAUACACUUGUUAAAACCAGGGCAGCUU